GUCAGCAGUGUGGUGUUGCAGAGUCCUUGAGCUUCACUCAAUGUGAACGUUGCUAUCUUUGAGAACUGAUCUCCGUUUGGACUUUGCCAGCUUACGACUUGUCAAGUGCCAGGUGGGGAGUUACAAGAACCAAAGCAUUGCUAUAGAACGCGGUGAUAAUUGUAUCACUGUAUCGCUCACCGAUCAUCGAACCUCCAACAUGUCAUCGGUACAAGUCAUUUACCACCAGAAGAUCCACAAUUAUCAUUUAAACAACUUCUCCAAAGACGACCUUCCAGCCGUGAAGGAACCAUUUGAAAACUGCUAUCGAGUGGGACAGGUUAUUGGAGCCGGCGGUUUUGGCACAGUAUAUUCUGGAGUCCGGAUUGCUGAUGAUUUGCCUGUUGCAAUCAAACACGUGGCUAGAAACAGGAUUUCAGAGUUAAAACAAAUGAAUGGGACACUAGUUCCACUUGAGGUCUAUCUCCUGAAGAAGGUGUCUACUGGCAACCGUGGGGUAAUCCAGCUUAUAGACUGGUACGAAAGACCAGAUGGCUUCAUCAUUAUUAUGGAACGACCUGAACCUGUGCAGGACCUAUUUGACUUCAUCACAGAGCGAGGUGCUUUGGGCGAAGAACUGUCGGCCAAGUUUUUUCGACAGGUCGUUGAAGCUGUUCAGCAUUGCCAUGCACGUGAUGUUGUGCACAGGGAUAUCAAGGAUGAGAACAUCUUGGUGGACCUUCGGACUGCAGAACUGAAGCUUAUUGACUUUGGAUCUGGUGCAUUACUCCGGGAAGCAGUUUACACAGAUUUUGAUGGUACUCGUGUGUACAGCCCUCCAGAAUGGAUCCGCUUCCAUCGAUACCAUGGCUGCUCUGCCACGGUGUGGUCCCUUGGCAUCUUGCUCUAUGACAUGAUCUGUGGAGACAUUCCCUUUGAGCAUGAUGAGGAUAUUUUAAAGGGCAAAAUCCAUUAUCGUUGCAGAGUGUCAAGAGAAUGUCAGCACCUGAUUGAGUGGUGUCUGUCCAAGAAGCCUUCAGACAGGCCAACUCUGGAGCAGAUCCUCUCACAUCCUUGGAUGUCUCAAGACCACAUGGUGGGUCAACAGGACAAUGGGAAAGUGUCACGAAAGGUGGACCAAGAGCAAACCAGUACAAGCCAAGAAAACCUGUGAUUCCAGAGAAGUUUGAGCGACUUAGGAAAGUUCUGACAUGCCGCCCUGAUUUGGGUGGGCUGGCAUGGGACUAUGUCCGGUAUGGAAGCUGGGAUUCCCGGGGCGGGCAGAAGGAGCUGUCCCACCAGAGAAAAAUACCUCAGGGGAUUCCAGAAAGGGACUCUGUGAAAUGGCGACCUCAGACUUUAAAUUACAUUUUUUUUAGAGGACCCGAUCUUCCCAACGGAAUGAUGCAGAAGGCAUUGAAGUGUAAUAGGGGUCUACUGGCCUGUAUUUGUGCUGGGUUCUACUAGCAUAUGUUGACUUUGUAAAAAUUUUAUUCUAUACACUCACAGGAUUUGGGGGAUAGUUUGCCAAUGGAACUGUAAACAUAUAUUUGCUCAUUCUGAAUAUGCAUUCACUUACUGCCAGUACGAGGAAUGAAAACUGCAUCAUAUUUUAAUUUAAAGUGUUUUGUUUUGUAUGUUCUCUUCCCCUCCCAGCUUGUUUUUGAGAGGUUAGUCUUCAUUUCAAGUGGAUAUGUCUCUUAAAAUACUGACAGUUGUCAACUUGCACAACAUUUUCAGGUUGAAAAUGUAGAUUUACACUGAGCUGUAGCCCAACAUUUUAAGAUCUAAUAAGUGACCUCUGCUUACAUAGAGCCAUGUGUAUACUUUUUUUUUUUUUAUAAAUAAAUGUAUAUAUUUACAUCCCCCUCCCUCCUCAACCAACAGCCUGUGACUCCACACAUUUUUCUCUUUUUAACUGGGAACUGGUUGUCUGAGUGCCUCAGUUAAAGUUGUCCCAGAAUUUUAAGUGUUUUUGCUGCUCUUCUUUGAUUUAUUUUUUUUUGUGGGUUUUUUUUUCCUCCAUGAAUCCUUGCUGCUAGAUAUGAGUGGGGACUGCACCAAGGAGCAGAAUGGGUUAACUCAAUCCUUCCUCAGGGAGCUGGUAUGAUGCUGGUACUACUGGGUGAACCUGCAUUGAUGAUUAAUGCUGGUUAAACAUGCUUUGCAAGCAUAUCCUCUAGUUGAAAGUGUGUAUCUGCUGUGCACCAGUUGGUGACUGCAGGUGUGGUUGGAAGUUGACUUACAAAGAAUGUUACCCAUACCGUAAACUUUAUUUCCACCUCUGCCUUAAAACUUUAUUUUAAACACAUUGUGGUAUGACCAACAUUUGUUAUUGUGGGGAUUUUUUUUUAUACACUUAGUGGAGGGGAAGAGAUGUAAUGUUUUUACAGAAGCAAUGCAAUCUGCUGGCAACUAAGGUGGCAAAAAGAUGCUACUGUAGUUCUAGCUUUUUACAAGAUACAUUAAGUUUAGUUAUGUAAGUGGCAAGGCUUGAAUAUCUAGGUAGGCCUUAGGGCAAGUACAUUUCAUGCUACUCAAUUGACGGGCGGUACUGUUCAGGAAUGACAUUUUUUCCCAUCUGUUGGAAGUAAAGGGGUUAAAGUACUGUUCUGGUUUAGAAUAGAUUAGAAAUUGUAACCCAACUACAACUCGCAAGGUUCUUGAAUAAUCUUAUGGCACCAAUUGGUGGAAAAAUUGAGGAGUUAUUUUGACAGCUGACUUCUGCAGGGUUGCCUGUAAUUGCACCUGGUUGCGGAGACUGAGCAAUUCUUAACUUUUCCACUAAUACCUCCUUCAUAGGCUUGUAUAUAUCCAUACUAGAGGCCUAUACGAAUAAUUUAACCACAAUAGCCGUGCAGAUUAUAUAUGCCCAAGCGAGGGAACCAUCUUCCCGUUUAAGUCAUUUAAAUGUGCUGGCAAUGGCAUGAAGUCAAUUUUAUUUAGGUAGAUUGGCAUUGUAAGAAAUCCUGUAAAAUUACAUUUCCAGACAUAUU